GGACGGCGGCAUGCAAGGAUCGAACUCCGGCACCAUGCACGAUCAGAUGGAGCAGCUGUGCGCGGAGAUGGAGGCUGCGGCGUCCUUCCUGCGCGACAAGAUCAAAUCCGCAACAUCAGGCAGCAGCAGCAAGGAGGCGGCGCCGCAAGGGACCGACGGCGACGUCACAGAGCAGAUCACGGAGCUGCGGCGCAGGAUCUGCAAGCUCAGGUCGCUGGUCCUCGGACCCGCACCUCAUCCCGAUCCAAACCCCCGUGCAGCUGCAGGCCACGACCCAUGGAAGGAUGACGAGUCUGACUCUGACGAGGAGGAAAUGACCCCGGAGCAACUAGCGAUGUCUGAUCAAUUUCGCAGGGAGGCGUCGGCGAUGGAGGCCCGCCUCCUCGAGGCCCUGGAGGAGGACGCGAGGGGCACACCGAGCUGCUACAGAGUGGAUUACACUAUCCCCUUCUCGUGUUCAUACCAGGAGGAGAAUGAGGAGCCGGAGCCGGAGGAGGAGGAAACGGAGGUCGCGAGAUUGGCGAGAGAGGAGAUGGAGACGGAGGAGAGGCUCUUCGCCGGAUACCGUGAAGGCUGGGAAUAUGCGUGCGGAUGGCGCUGCGGUGACUUUGAGGACGCCACCGCAUUGAGUCCUAUGCACUUCGCGCACUACACGCCGGGUCUUCUCCCCAACAACUGUGUCGGCGGGACUCUGAGCACCUUGCAAAUCUACUCAGUCAGCAUCGUUGAGAUAAAGGGGAGCCUGGACUGGCCGCUCGACGUGUACGGCAUCGUUGCGGCUCGUGACGCAGUGGACUGCAACCGUAACCUCCUCUUUUACCAGCAAGGGAAGGUUGCCAAAAACUCACUCAAGAGGAUCCCUUUUUGCGCCUCAUUGGCCCAUCUCGUGCGGUUGUGGCUGAGGACCAUGUCGACUUCGAAGUCCAACUAAAAAUAAAGGGUACAACAGGGUCUCGAGAUAGAGCAUUGAUCAGUAACAGGUGCACUUACUCUGGUGCCUAUCAUCAAGGUCUAGAGAGCACCUUUAUGCGUAACUGCUUUUGUACACUAGAGAUAAGCCUUGAGCGGCUUACAGAAACAAUCCAGCCAACUAUCAUGGGUGUCCGUGUUGUUGGAGGGGGCCCAUGGCCGUUUAAACAUGGAGGCCGGGUUGUUUGCUCCUCACCUCCUCGGGAAGUGGUGGAACCCCUCUCUAGGCAAGUCGUGCUGGUUGAUUCUCAUGUUGAUGAUGAUGGUGGAAUGCUUAUGGGCUCUGAUGGUUACCUUAACCUAUCAAGGCAUGUCAUUUCUGUAGAACUGGAAAAAAGCCUCAAUGUUGUCAUACAAGCCUACUCAAAGUCUGGUGUUGUUGGCGCUCAAUGCCAUGUUAAUUUCAAGCCCAAAUAUUGCAACAUAAGUCAAGGUGUAUGUGAGAUUGGUGUCUCUAAGGUGGAGAUUAUGGUUGCUUGGUCCCGGCUUGUCACUGACAAGAUGGAUAUCCUCUUGGAAGGGCAUAUAUGAUGGCUCUCAUCUCGUGGAUGUCACACACUAUGCAUG